AUGGCCAUCAAGCAGAAACCGGAUGAGUCCCUGAGGAGUUUCAUGACCCGUUUCAACACGGAGAGCUUGCAGAUCAGGGACAAAGACGAGAAGGUGGUCAUGGCCGCCUUCAUGAAUGGGCUUAGGGUGGAGGAGCUCUUCGACAAGCUCGCCAAGAAGCCCCCCGGUACCCUGGAAGAACUCUUGACCAGGGCGCACGCGGCCGCUAAUGCGGAAGAGGCUGGUCGCCUGAAGAGAGAAUCAGAUAGGGAGCUCGGAGAUCGAAGAGGACGGGUGAACCCGCCCGAGCAUAGGGACGGCCCGGUCAAGAAGAAUGUUUUCGACCGACUCUCGAAGGAUAAAGCCCCCGCUCAGCCGCCGCUUCCAGCAAAAGGCUACACCCCCCAAACUCGGCCCAGAGCCCAAAUUCUAGCCGUUAUGGAGGCGGAGGGCCUAGAGGGGCGGCCACCUAAGAUGGGGACAUCCCGGAACAAGAGGAACCAGGACCGGUACUGUGCCUUCCACCGUGACGUUGGGCAUGAUACGGAGGGGUGCUGGGCCCUGCAAAUGGAGAUACAGGAUCUGAUCCAGCGCGGCUUCUUGGGGUGA